GGAAGAAGAAGCAUAGCAAUUGUGACUUUUGCCGUCGGUACUGCGUCUGGUGGUGUUUUGCUUCGUCGGCCGGAAUAAGUGUUUCUUUGAUUGUUUCUACGAGUUUUCGAAUUAUCCUGAAUACAUAAAAAGUCUCGAAAUGGAUGACGAAGCUGAAACGUAUAAACUAUGGCGCAUUCGUAAAACAGUUAUGCAGCUCAGCCACGACCGCGGAUAUUUAGUUACCCAAGAUGAAUUGGAUCAGACGCUUGAACAAUUUAAGGAACAGUUCGGUGAUAAGCCUAGUGAAAAACGGCCAGCACGUUCCGACCUCAUUGUUUUGGUAGCCCACAAUGACGACCCAACAGAUCAGAUGUUUGUCUUCUUCCCGGAUGAACCUAAAAUCGGAAUUAAGACCAUCAAAACGUAUUGUACUCGCAUGCAGGAAGAGAAUAUCCAUCGCGCGAUUGUCGUGGUUCAAGCGGGCAUGACCCCGUCGGCUAAGCAGUCUUUGGUCGAUAUGGCCCCGAAGUACAUUUUGGAACAGUUUUUGGAAUCUGAGCUGCUGAUUAACAUUACUGAGCACGAAUUGGUCCCGGAACAUGUAGUGAUGACACCGGAGGAGAAACAGGAAUUAUUGGCUAGGUACAAGCUGAAGGAAAACAUGUUGAUGAGAAUCCAGGCGGGUGACCCGGUCGCUAGGUACUUUGGAUUGAAGAGAGGACAGGUGGUGAAAAUCAUUCGUCCUUCGGAAACGGCUGGUCGCUAUAUCUCCUACCGACUUGUGUGUUAAGUAAAUUAAGUUGAAUUUGUAUUAUAUUCCAAAUUUUGUAUCAAAAUAAAAGUUAGCUGUAUGAAUGCAA